ACUUUUUUUCUUCUUUUUGAGCGGUGUUUUUUUGCAGUGUAAGAUCAGUUUUGCUCCUCUUCCUCUCUGCAGCAUAUCGUCUUCGACUACGACUUCAAUGACACAGGAUCAGGGUCCGGGUCUGGGUCUGGGGACCUCGGGGGGGACCUGCAGGAGCUGUGUGACGUGGAGCAGGUGAUGCGGGCCGACCUCCAGCAGGUCUUCCUGCCGGUGGUCUACGCCCUCAUCUUCACGCUGGGCAUCACCGGGAACGGCCUGGUGGUCGUGGUGCUGGGCUGCCAGCGCAGGUCAAAGUGCAGCCUGACGGACCGGUACCGCCUCCACCUCUCUGCUGCUGACCUGCUCUUCGUGCUGGCGCUGCCCUUCUGGGCGGUGGACGCCGCUCUGGGGGACUGGCGCUUCGGGGCGGUGACCUGCGUGGGCGUGCACGUCAUCUACACGGUGAACCUGUACGGCAGCGUGCUGAUCCUGGCCUUCAUCAGCCUGGACCGCUACCUGGCGGUGGUCCGGCCCACCGACACCAACACCGGGGGGCUGAGACAGCUGCUGGCACACAGGCUGGUUUAUGUCGGAGCCUGGCUGCCUGCUGGCCUCCUGGCGGUGCCUGAUUUGGUCUUUGCCCGGACUCAAGAAGGAGGCGAGGGAGCCACUCUGUGCCAGCGCUUCUACCCGGCUCACAACGCUCCCAUCUGGGUUGCGGUGUUCCACCUGGAGCUGGUCCUGGUGGGCCUGCUGAUCCCGGGGCUGGUCCUCCUCGUGUGCUACUGCGUCAUCGUCACCCGGCUGACCCGGGGCCCUCUCGGGGGCCAGAGGCAGAAGCGGCGAGCCGUCAGAACCACCAUCGCCUUGGUGUUCUGCUUCUUCGUGUGCUGGCUGCCGUACGGGGCGGGCAUCUCCGUGGACGCCCUGCUGCGCCUGGAGGUGUUGCCCCGCAGCUGCGGCCUGGAGGUUGUGCUGGGCGUGUGGCUGGCGGUGGCCGAGCCCAUGGCGUUCGCUCACUGCUGCCUCAACCCGCUGCUGUACGCCUUCCUGGGCGCCGGCUUCAAGAGUUCGGCCCGCAGAGCGCUCACGCUGAGCCGAGCCUCCAGUUUGAAGAUUUUACCCCGAAGACGUCCGGGGGCCUCCACCACCACCGAGUCCGAGUCCUCCAGUUUACACUCCAGCUAGUGUUUGCUUGUGCUGU